AAAAGAAAUUGGAAAUAAAAAAUUUUCCUCCUCCCCUGCGUCUGGUCUUCUUCGUCCCCUUCUUCGCCUUCACACCUCCCUCCCUCCAUUACCAUCCCGUGGGCGACGACCGCCGCCCUCCGACCGCCGGGUCACGGCCCUGGAUUCGCUCCCCGGAGUCCCCGGAUCGUCUCUGAGAUCUGCUGCUGAGGGAGUUGCAUAUAUCCCGAGGUGCCUGUGAAGUGUUCAAUUGAGGCUUCUGUUUGUUUUUCGUGCGUGUAUAAUGGAGGAAGUGGAGGAGGCAAACAGAGCAGCCGUGGAGAGCUGCCACAGGGUGCUCGCUUUGCUCUCCCAGCCGCAUGACCCCGCACAGGCUAGGAGCAUAGCUCUGGGGACGGAUGAAGCAUGUGCCAAGUUUAGGAAGGUGGUCUCCCUGCUCAGCAACGGAGGUGUGGGAGUAGGAGGAGAAGCAGGACCGUCAGGAACAAGCGGAAGCCAUCCUAGGGCUAAGGUUGUCAGCAGAAGACAGAAUCCAGGGUUCUUAACUCAGAAAGGCUUCCUGGAUAGUAACACCCCAGUGGUGGUGUUGAACAGCGCACAUCCUUCUCCUAGCUCCGCGCAGGUCUAUCCUAGGACUGGAGCGUUGGAUGCACAGAGCUUACAUCCUCUUGGAGGACCUCCCAAGCUGGUUCAGCCUUUGUCUGCACAUUUUCAGUUCGGCAAUGUGUCUUCACGGUAUCAGUUCCCGCAUCAGCAGCAGCAGAAGUUGCAGGCUGAGAUGUUCAAGAGAAGCAAUAGUGGGAUUAACUUGAAGUUUGAUAGCACCAGUGGCACGGGGACAAUGUCAUCGGCGAGGUCCUUCUUGUCGUCUUUGAGCAUGGAUGGUAGUGUGGCGAGCCUGGAUGGCAAGUCAUCGUCAUUCCAUUUGAUUGGUGGGCCUGCAAUGAGUGACCCAGUGAACGCACAGCAGGCCCCAAGGAGGCGAUGCACGGGUCGUGGGGAGGAUGGGACAGGCAAGUGUGCUGUGACAGGGAGGUGCCAUUGUUCAAAGAGAAGUAGGAAGUUGCGGGUGAAGAGAUCAAUUAAAGUUCCCGCCAUUAGUAAUAAGAUUGCCGAUAUACCACCUGAUGAAUACUCGUGGAGGAAGUAUGGGCAGAAGCCAAUUAAAGGUUCCCCUCAUCCUAGGGGUUACUACAAAUGCAGCAGCGUGAGGGGCUGCCCAGCAAGGAAGCAUGUCGAACGGUGUGUAGAUGAUUCAUCGAUGCUCAUAGUGACAUAUGAGGGUGAGCACAACCAUACUAGGAUGCCAACUCAGUCUGCACAGGCGUAGGGAACUCCUUGAUCACCAGACCCUAUUCAGGAAGUGCCAACAACCCAGUCCUUGUCAGGGAACAGCUGCGCCGGUCUUGUUAACAAGGAUUGCAAAUUGACAAAGAUGAAGCCGUUCCGAGCUGCUGUUUUGUUGUUUGGCCUCCUCACCUACAUGAUUUGUAGCAAUAGUCCAGUGGGAGAACACAAUAUUUUCUUCUCCGUGGAGUUAUCACAAUGAUGACAAAGAAGAACGAGCCGUUAGAUAGGACAGUUGUGCUGUUGCUCAUGGUUAAGUGUGAGGAGUUGGAAGGGAAGAUAAAAGUUGGCGGGAAAGGGGCAGUUAUCUUAACUUUGUACUAAAAGGGUCGGGAAAGGGCAGAGCAAUUUUUUCCUGAGUUACCCUGAUUUUUUCGUCCCUUACCGACCGUGUACCAGGAUAGUGUCAGAACUGAAAAGAAGUGCACAAAAGCUGCUUUGCUAUCAUAGCAUUUCAUUCAUUCAUUCAUAGUUGAGUAAACGGGAUUACUUAUGGUCCUAAAGUUAAAGAUUACGUUGC